AUGUUUUCUAGUCGUCGUAAACCUAUAUCAUAUGCUAUUAAUAGUUCUAUAUCAUCAUCUUCAUCGAUUAAUUCAUAUAUACCUACAAUUAGAAGAUCAUCAUCAUCAUCUUUUACUUUACGUCAAUUAACUGUACAAGAUCUUGAUGAAACUAAUUCAAGAAAUUGGAAUCAAUCAUUAUCAAGACAAGGAGAACAUUUUCGAAUUCCAAGACCAACUCUGAAUAAUAUACCACAUUCAUCAAUACGUUUACCUAAUAAUAAUUCAAUAUGGACAUCAACUGUGAGACCUACACAUGCCGAAGAUUUUUCUUCAUCACCAACUUUAACUUCAAGAACACAUGUUUCUGAUCGACCAUUCUAUCAAAUUGUACAACCACCAAUUCCACCUUCACCAUCAAUUCAACAUCAAAUUGUACCUAUUUAUUCACCACGAUUUUCACCAAUCUAUACUCGUCGUUAUAUAAGACGAAAAAAAAAAUAUAAACAAGAAAAAACACCAGGUUUAUGUGCAACAUUAUGUACCGGUGGUUGUGGUACAUUUGUUGCACUUAUUUAUUUAAGUUUUUGUCUUGCUUUACCAAUAACAAAACUUGUUUUAGGUAUUAAAUAUAUAAAAGAUUGUCCUGUUGAUAAUAAAAUUCCAUUAUAUAUGAUUGUAUCUGGUGGUUGUGGUAUAGGUAUUAUACUUUUUCUUCUUCUUUCAUCAACUUGUUCAUAUUAUCGAUCAUCAAUUAUUGCAAGAAAAUCAACUCAUAAAUGUAUGAUAUUGACAAUUGGAUUUGCACGUGGUAUGCAAGGUAUUAUAGCUAUAUUUCUUUUUGUUUGGUUUUUUAUUGGAAAUUUUUGGAUAUUUGGCGCUCGAUAUCGUGUUCAAACAAAUAAUCCAAAUGAUAAUAAUAAUAAUUAUUGUCAUCCAGCUCUUUAUUGGUUUGGAUUUUAUGUUCUUAUUUUUACUUAUGUUUUUGCUAUUAUUUUUUGUUUUUUAAAAUUUUGUGCAAAUUUUUUUUGUUGUCAUGCAUGUGAUAUAUGCAAGAGAGCUUUUACAUAA